ACUGAAAUUACUACACUUGUACAAUCUCUAGGGAUACAAUGCUUCGCCUUAGACCUCCUACUCUUAUUGUACCACCACCUGUGAGUGGACUGGGAGUGGUUGGAAGCGGAGUAAACUUUAAAGAACUAGACCACCUGGACCUAGCAACAACACCAACACAGCAACAGUCAGCAAAUCAAAUGCAACUUGAUACAGGAGGGGUACGUUUAAGGUCUAAGACUUCAUUACAGGUAGAGCGUGGGGCUAUGCCUCGCCCAGUGUCACUAAUGGGGACUAGAGGUGGAGCUAGUAAUAAUAAUAGCCUUGACUUAAACUGGCCACCGAGUAAUUGGACUGUUGCUCCUCAGGACUGGUUGGCCAGUGUUGCAGCUGGUAAUAUAACUAGAUCUCCUUCUCCUCCUGACACUGAACUCCUCCCUCCUCCUCCCCCUCCCCCUCAAUCAUCUCCUUCUGAUAACGGAAGAGGGAGCCGUUUGAGAAAGUCAUACUCUAACCCAGAUAUGUGUCAACCAUUACAGUUCCUUGAUAAAAUGGUAGUACAACCUGACAUUACAUUUAAAAUAUUAAUCGUGGGUAAUCCUCACGUUGGGAAGUCAUGCUUCCUUACCCGUCUGUGUACAAAUACUUUCACCACUAAAUAUGCCUCUACCAUUGGUGUUGAUUUUUAUAGCCGUGCCUUAGUCAUUGAUGAUAAAACAGUUGCUUUACAGUUUUGGGACACAGCUGGCCAAGAGAGAUUCCAGUCAGUGACCAAAGCAUAUUAUCGUGGUGCCGACGGCGUCAUAUUAAUGUACGAUAUUACUAGCGAAGAAACAUUCAUUGCAGUUAGGAAAUGGAUAAACUCA